AUGUCUGAUACUCCUGAAUAUUCACCAGGUCCAAGCCCGUCCACCUCAGAUGUUGUGAAGGACACGUUCCUAUGGAGGAGGAAGAAGCUGAGCUUGAUGGUGCUGGUCAUGGCAACAGCGACAUGGGUGGUCAUGGAGGUUUAUCAGUUCAACUUCGCCACUCUCGCUUCCUGGUCAUCCAUCUUCAUCGUCACCUCCCUCUUCCUGUGGGGCACCACCUUGAGGCUUCUCGGGAAAGAGGAGCCGGAGUUGCCGAGGAUGGAGAUCUCAGAGCAGACGGCAAUGGAGAUGGCAAACUCAGCCCGAGCGUGGGCCGAAGAAGGCAUCAGAUGGAUGUUCAGGGUGGGUGCCGAGAGGGACUGGUUCACGUUUGCUGGUGUGGUCGCCGGCCUGUGGGCGCUUAGCAAGAUUGGAGGCUACUUCGACUUGCUGACUCUUGUCUACUUAGCUGUAGUUUUGGGCAUGACGGUACCUGCUCUGUACGUGAGGCACGAGGAUAAAGUAGCGCAGCUCGGAGAGAAGGUGAAGGCACGGUCGAGGAGCUUCUACGAAAGGGCGGACGAGAAGGUCAUCGGGAAAAUCAAGAGCAAGUUUCAUGGGAAAGAGGAGACGGAAGAGAAGAAGACCGAGUAG